AGGAGGAUGUUGCGCGUGAAGGGGAAAUGGCUGCCGAAAACAAGCCGGAAGGACUGAAGAAAGUUCGUAAUCCGGAUCGAAUGUACAGAUCAGCAGUGUGUUAUGCUGGCCAUGGUCCACCUAAGAGUAUCAGUGAUGACACAGAGACGAACAAUGAACAUGGACAUUUGAAAAUAUACCUGCCCAAGAAGCUGCUUGAAUGUCUACCAAAAUGCACUUCGCUGCCAAAGGAGAGACACCGGUGGAACACUAAUGAGGAGAUCGCAGCUUACUUGAUAACAUUUGAAAAGCAUGAAGAAUGGCUAACGACAUCCCCUAAAACAAGGCCGCAGAAUGGGUCGAUGAUAUUGUACAAUAGGAAGAAGGUGAAGUACAGAAAGGAUGGCUACUGCUGGAAGAAGAGGAAAGACGGGAAGACCACACGGGAGGAUCACAUGAAGUUGAAAGUGCAGGGAGUCGAGUGUCUGUACGGCUGCUACGUCCACUCCUCCAUCAUCCCCACCUUCCACCGUAGGUGCUACUGGCUGCUCCAGAACCCUGAUAUCGUGCUCGUCCACUAUUUGAAUGUCCCAGCUAUUGAGGAUUGUGGGAAACCAUGCGGUCCGAUCCUCUGCUCCAUCAAUACAGACAAGAAGGAGUGGGCCAAGUGGACAAAGGAGGAGCUGAUCGGCCAGCUAAAGCCCAUGUUUCAUGGCAUCAAGUGGACUUGCAGCAACGGGAACAGCAGCUCUGGCUUCUCAGUGGAGCAGCUAGUGCAACAGAUUCUGGACAGCCACCAAACUAAGCCACCUCCCCGGACUCACAACUGCCUCUGCACGGGCACCCUGGGUGCAGGGAGCAGCGUGCACCACAAAUGCAACAGCGCCAAACACCGCAUCAUCUCCCCCAAGGUGGACCCCCGCUCAGGUGGCUACAGCAGCGCUCACUCCGAGGUACAAAACAACGAUGUGUCAGAGGGGAAGACCGAGCACAGCGCCCACGGUGGAGGCAAAAACUCGGGCGGAGGAGGCGGAGGAGGCAGCGCCAGGGAGAAACGCAACGGCAAAGUCCACAAGCCCGUCCUGCUGCACCAGAACAGCACAGAGGUGUCAUCCACAAACCAGGUGGAGGUCCCCGACACCACGCAGAACUCCCCCGUGUCCAUCAGCAGCGGCCUCAACAGCGAUCCAGAUAUGGCUGACAGCCCCGUGGUGACGGGGAUGAGCCACGUGGCCUCUGUCAUGUCUGGCCUGUCUCAGAGUGUCUUCAUGUCAGAGGUCACUGGAGAUCCCGUCUACAGCAUGUCUCCAACUGGGGGUCCCAACACUCACCUGAUGGGUGCAGAUGCCACUUCACAGGGCUUGGUGCUGUCCGAUCGUCACAAAUUUGCCUUCCCCAGUGGAGGAGUAGGGGAGCCUGGGUCUACCGCGGCAGGAGACAGCCUGUCCAUGCUGUCUACAGCUGGGGUGUCGGAGGAACUGGUGCUCUCCAGCAGUCUGGAUGCUGGAAGCAUCAAGAUCCCAGAAACCAAUAUGAACUUUGACCCCGACUGCUUCCUGAACAACCCCAAACAGGGCCAGACUUACGGAGGCAGCGCAAUGAAGACAGAGGGCAACUCCUCCUCCACCUCCUCCUCCUCCGGCGGCAGCAGCUGCACCAACGGGAGUCUGCAGCGUUCCCCCACCAUGUCAGACAACGGCUACACCUUCAGCUCAGCUUUGGUGAAGAACAUCAAGACAGAAGACACAUCGUUUGAGCAGCAGCUGGCCAAGGAGAGUGGCUACCAGGUGGGGCCGGUGGUAAACUGUGGCAGCGGGGUGUCUGUGUCGUCUGGUGCUGCUUCAGGCCAGGGAAGCCUCACUCUGACCCCAGCAGGCUCCCUGCUUCCCUCCGGUGGGGGUCUGAGUCCCAGCACCACACUGGAGCAGAUGGAUUUCAGCGCUAUCGAUGCCAAGCAGGACUACACUUCCAGCGCUACCACAGUGAGCUAUGCCCAGGCCAUGUCCAGUCCUCACAUGCAACACCAGAAUCGUUCGCCCAGCUUCUUCCUCCAGGAUUCCUCUCAGACCGGCCAGGCUCAGCAGGGGAGACCCAGCCUGAGCCAGAAAACACAUUUGAUGGAGCACAACUCACAUGACUCUGGAGCUUAUAUGGGGCUGCAAGUGGUGAAGACGGACUCCCCCGGCAGCAACGGCCACCUCCACCAUCACCACCAGGCUCACCAGAACCAGCACAGGGCCAACUGCAACGGAGGCUCGCCCACAGAGGGGCCCAAUCAGGCCGGCUCUCUCCAGCUGCUGCAGUACCAGGGGAGCUUUCCCGGACUGGGCACGGAGCAUGAGGAGGUGGUGGGUCUAGAACAACCAGGCAGUGUAAGUUCAGCUCAGGCUGGAGCUACUGAGAAUGGAGCUGAGAAUCUACUCAAGCCAGGAGACCACAUUCAGGCCUGUGGGGCAGGAAACGGAGAGGGCGCGGAGCACUACUUGCAACAGGCCUCAGAUGGUGGUGCAGGAGCGACAGGAGGUGCAGGAGAAGCGGUAGCGAUUCAUAACGGCAGCACCAACAGUGACGGCAGCAACCGCUCUCAGCAGCAGCAGCAGCUGCAGCCUCUCCUGCAGGGCACCAGUAUGGUCCAGGGACUCUACAACGCUGUGGGAACCCACCAGGGCCUCGGUGGAGCGGCCAGUAACGGAGGAGCAGGAGGGACAGGCAUGGAGAUAAGUCUGGAUCACUUUGACAUCUCUUUCGGUAACCAGUUUUCUGACCUCAUCAAUGACUUCAUCUCAGUGGACGGCAGUGGAACCACCAUGUCAGCCGGAGGGGCCCUAUAUGCACACCAGCUAGUCACAUCCCACAGCUCUGAUAGUCAGAACACAGCCAGUGGGGCCCCCCAGCAAGGCCAGGAAGAUGGAGGGGCCAGGAGCUCUGGCUACAGCCCCUCGGAGCUCUGCCUUCAGCCAUGCUGCAGCCCGCAGUCUCUGAGCGGAGGCGCUGGAGCAGCAGGAAACACAGCAGAGGCGGGCUCGCUGUCCUACAUGAAUGUAGCAGAGGUGGUUUCUGCAGCUGUUGCCCAGGGGGCUCUGGGGAUGCUUCAGGCCACAGGGCGGCUCUUCAUGGUCACUGAUUACUCCCCUGAGUGGUCCUACCCCGAGGGCGGAGUUAAGGUGCUGAUCACUGGGCCCUGGCAAGAGGCCAGCUCGAACUACAGCUGCCUGUUUGACCAGAUCUCAGUCCCAGCAUCUCUCAUCCAGCCGGGGGUGCUGCGCUGCUACUGCCCAGCUCAUGACACAGGUCUGGUGACGCUGCAGGUGGCGGUCAGUAACCAGAUCAUCUCCAACUCUGUGGUGUUUGAAUACAAGGCCCGCGCUCUUCCUUCACUGCCAUCAUCUCAGCACGACUGGCUCUCGCUGGAUGAUAACCAGUUCAGAAUGUCUAUCCUGGAGCGCUUGGAGCAGAUGGAGAGGAGGAUGGCGGAGAUGGCCAGCCACCAGCAGUCGAGCAGUGCAGGGAGUGGCGGAGCUGGGGGAGGAACAGGGGGAGGGGGAGGGGGGGGGGGGGGAGGAGGCGGAGGAGGGGGAGGCAACAACAGCCAGUCACAGUGUGUAUCUGGUCAGACGCAGGCCAGCAGCUCCUUCGAGAGUCGUGUCGUCGUGGUUUGUGAGAAGAUGAUGAGCAGAGCUUGCUGGGCCAAGUCCAAACAUUUAAUCCACUCCAAGACCUUCAGAGGCAUGACACUCCUUCACCUGGCUGCAGGCCAGGGCUACGCCACCCUCAUCCAGACACUCAUCAAGUGGCGCACUAAACAUGCUGAUAGUAUUGAUUUGGAGUUAGAAGUGGACCCUCUCAAUGUCGAUCACUUCUCCUGCACGCCUCUGAUGUGGGCAUGUGCACUGGGUCACCUGGAAGCAGCAGUGGUCCUGUAUAAAUGGGACAGACGUGCCCUAGCUAUCCCGGAUUCUCUGGGCCGCUUACCCCUCUCCAUCGCCCGAUCUCGUGGUCAUACGAAACUGGCUGAAUGUUUGGAGCAGCUACAAAGAGAAGAGCAGCAGCCGCCGGCCCCUCUACCACCCACAACUCGCAUGUCUUUCUCCCCAGCCCCUGACACCCCCACCACAGACAGCUGGAUGGUCAGCUGGGCAAACAACAGUGUCGUCGCACCCAGUGGCAAGAAAGGGGGUCCUGCCACCACGACAACGACAUCCAGCACCACAAGCCUCAAUCCAGACUUGAGAAGGCCCAGGUCAGAGCCCUCCAACUACUACAGUGAGGGCCAAAGGGACCUCCCGCUAGCUAAAAAACACAAACCCAACCCAGAGCUGUUUCAGACUCGGCCUGACAAGGCCAUGUCUGUUCCUCUGAGCCUGGAGCAGCAACAGCUCCACAAGCUGUCCUCUAGCCCCAAGAGCUUGUCCUCAGAGGGCCUGAGCUCAGACAAGAGCCUGUCUACAGGAGGCAGCACGGGGACAACCAGAUGGACCUCCAGAGAGAGUUUCUCCAGCAGCGGCGGCCUAGGGAGGAAGGCGCUGGGGGUCAGUGGAAGCAGCAGCCUGGGGAAGGAGAAACUGGUCAGCCGGUUACGUCAGCGGGAACAGCUCGGCAUGCUGGUGAUGGCUGACAGAGAAAUGGCUGAUGCAGAACUACUGUCCUAUCGGGAAGAUCUGGAGAACCAGGACUGUCUCACACAGAUGGAUGACCUGCAGGCAAACAUGAUGACUCUGGCAGAGCACAUCAUUGAAGCAACGCCAGAGAGAAUCAAAAGGGAGAACUUCAGCGCGGCGGACUCUGUGCCCUUAGACACGUCAGGGGUCAGCAACACCAUGAACUGGCUCGCCAACUACCUGGGAGAUGUGGAACAGCUGCCGAGCAUCAUACACCUACGAUCUCUGUAUAAUGAACCCCUGACCCCAUCAUCCAACCCCAGCCUCAGUCCUGGGGGGUCCCCACUGAGAGAGGGGCCCCUGGAGAGGUCCACACUUCCGUCCCCAGCUGACUGGAGUGAGUUCAUCAACGCCUCCAACAGCAAGGUGGAGCGAGACCUGGCCCAGCUGACUCUGUCCGAUCCAGAGCAGAGAGAGCUGUACGAGGCCGCCCGCCUAGUCCAAACUGCCUUCCGCAAGUACAAGGGGCGGCCGCUCCGAGAGCAACAGGAAGUAGCUGCUGCUGUUAUUCAACGUUGCUACAAGAAAUACAAACAGCUUACAUGGAUAGCCUUGAAGUAUGCACUUUAUAAGAAGAUGACGCAGGCCGCCAUCCUUAUCCAGAGUAAAUUCCGCAGCUACCACGAACAGAAGAAGUUUCAGCAGAGCAGGAGGGCUGCCGUGCUCAUUCAGCAAUACUACCGCAGCUACAAGGAGUUUGGCAGGCUGAAGCCCCACCACCGCGGGGCUGCUGCUGCCCUGGUGCAGCACAAACUGAGAGGUAGUCUGCUCACAAAGAGGCAGGACCAGGCUGCCAGGAAGAUCAUGAGGUUCCUACGUCGCUGCCGCCACAGCCCCUUGAUGGACCAUAGACUGUUCAAGCGGGGUGAAAGAAUUGAAAAGGGCCAGGGAACAUGAGACCCCUCAGAAGAGCCCCCUCGCGAUGUGACAUCACUCUCCUGACUCCUCUUUUUCUUUUUUGUUUGUACCCGAGACAUUUUACAAGAGAAAUGGAAGAAAAAAAAAACAUCAAUGCAAGCACUGCAAUUAUUAUUACUACUGCGGUGUUACUGGUUCAACUAUUACAUGUACAACGGCAUUUUUUCACAUAUCUAUUCUUUCCACUGACUUGAUUUCGGUCGGAGAGUGGCAACUUCUACGGGAUUAUAAACUAAAAGGGUCGGGGGGCGGGGGGUUGCAGAACAUUUGCUUCAUGGCAUUUUUUGCACUUUUUCAUGGAUUGCUUUGUCUUUUUUGAAUACGGAGAGGUUUCGGACGGUGAAGGAAGCAGGACAUGCCUGAGGAGGUCACGAGGACCUCGAGAGACGUGAAUUCAAAGGCUGCUGCAGAAGAUCUCAGAGGAUAGGGAGACCAUGCAGAAACACUCUGGACUCUAAUUGUAUUUCAUAGUUUUUUAAGUGACCAAUCAAUUCAUUUUGAAGAAGGAUUUUUUUUAAACCAAAUAUAUUGGUCACCCACAUGCCCACUUUUAUCCACUGCUGUAGAUGAUAUUCAAUUUAGCUCAAUGAUUCCAGCUGUCCCACUGUGCUCUACCCCACCAGUCUGCCCACACGGGUGGAACUACAAAUGAAUGUAGUCCGGGGGUUCAACCAUGCAGAUGCAGAUGGGGGAUAAAAUAUUCCUGUUUUUGCCAUUUCUUAAAAGAAAAACCCUAUGCUUUAUCGUAUAUAUUGUCACUUUAUUACUUGAAUUUGUUCCAUACUGUCCAAUGUAUUUGUUCCAUCAUGUCCAAUGUAUUGGUGAUCUGUAUCUUCAGACUCUAUGUUGUUUAAUCCUACCAAGAAAAAAUGCAUGACUUCUUGGCGAGAAAAGUCUUUGCUUGUGUGCUUAUGGUCUAGUCUUUCAGCCUCUGAUUUCUUUUUUGUUUCCAUCCUCUCCCCCCCAUAAGUUCGAUCAUCUCGGUAAUGAAGCUAUCCCCGUAUUGUCCUGUUUCUAUAUUCAUUUCUUUCAUUUUUGCUUUAUGCUCCUCUGAAACCUAACGAGAAAAGAACUUGCCUAUUUUGUGUUGAAACGGUUAUGGUCAUGCAGGUUAUUACUUGUUCUUUUUAAACGAACUUCAGAGCCUGUGAAGGCUUUUGAGGGGAAGAUCACAUACAUUGCCUUGACGUCUUAGAGAUUCUUUGAGGGGUCCCUAAGCUUGUCCCAAAAUAGGGGUUUGACAAAUCCAUAUUUUUGACAAUUGAGCGAUUUCUGUAUAUAAGGAAGGCUGAAAGUACGUAGGAAAAAAAAAAACAUUUACCCAAAGGGGAUUGUAUUUUAGAAAUAUAUUAUUUUAUUCAUUAAAAAUGGGUCAAAAACAGGUACGAGACAAAAACAGAAUAUUUGUAUAGUUUUGUUUGAAUGCCUAAGAAGUAUGGUUGUAUUGUUUGUAAAUAGUGUAAAUAACUGGGAUAAAAAUGAGCUAUGUGCAUGAAAAGUAUGAACAGAGUCAA